AUGUCGGCUCUGCGUCGAAGCAGUCGCAGUGAACCCGGCGGCGGCAUGAAGGACGGCAGCCGUGACGAUGUGUUGGGGCAGCAGCAGCAAAAAGAAGAAUCAGUCACCAACAUAAAGGUUGCUGUGAGAUGUCGGCCGUUUUCGACAAGUGAGCGCUCGAGAGGAGAGCAGAGUUGCUUCCGAAUCGAGCAUGGGACCGCGUGCCUCCAAAACCCGGCAAACGCUAGCGAUAUCCACAGGUGA